AUGGACAAUAGCAGCAACAAUAAUGGCAGCAUCAGUGUUGGCGCCUCGCACGCGGGACCCAAUGCCCGGGGGCGGAACUCGAUUAGCAUUGGGGCAAAGGCUGGGUAUGCGAGCCAGGGCCGCGACACGAUCGCCGUUGGCCACGGCGCUGGGCACCGUGCCCAGGGCGACACGUCGAUUGCGAUCGGCAAGUUGGCAGGGUCCAACGCGCAGCACGCCAACACGAUUGUGCUGAAUGCGACCGGUAAGGCCAUGGGUACGCGCCACACAAAUGCAACGUACAUGGGCCCCAUCCGUGAAGCCGAGUAUGAGGAGGGUUUUGGGGUUCUGGCGUAUGACACGGAUACAGGGCUGGUGGUGCCACGGCACCCAGACCUGGGUAUUCGGCGUGUGACCACGAAGCCACCGGCGCGCAAGAACCUGCCACUGGCGGCCAAUACACCGGCGACGGCAACCAUGUCGUUUACGCUCGCAAACGGGUCGGUGUCGAAAUUGCAUUUGCCUCGCCUGGGCGAAACGGGUCCCGUGGGUCCACAGGGCACUUCGGUGAGCCGGAUCGCCGCGUCGCCAGACGGCCGCGUGCUGGUGCACACGACCGACAGUGUCGUGCACGACCUGGGCCCGUUCCAGGGUCCGAGGGGUGUGCCGGGCAAGGGUAUUGUCAACGCGCGGAUGCCGGACGUGAGUUCCGGCAAGCUGUACCUGGACGUCAGCGACCGCGAGGUCUGCGUGGACCUGUGCACCGACACAGGAGCCAUUGCAGAGCCGGGUGCACGGGGAGCGGACGUCGAGUCCAUCGACGUGCAUCCCGAAGUGGGCCAUGUGCGGCUCCACAUGUCGGACGGCCGCACCGUGGUCGCGAGUGGCAGCACAUUCACGGGCCCGGUAGGCGAGCGUGGCAACACGGGCCCCGCGGGCGAACGGGGUCAGAUCGGGGUUGGGGUCCACAAUGUUGUGCUGGACCGCGACGCCGACAAAAUGACCGUCACUCACACGGACGGCACGACACGCAUUGUGUCGCCUGUCCGUGGACUUAAGGGUGCCGCAGGGCUACACUUUGACCAGCUCGUGGUCACGCCACAGGGGGGACUGGAGAUGCAUCUCCGAGCGCCAACGGCACCGAGGGCCGGUAAGCCCGCGCAGACGAUCCAGAUGGGUAACGUGUAUACAAAUGCAAAUGCAAAUGCUACACCCGUCGAUGGGACAGUGGACAAGGGAGACAAGGGUGCGCCCGGCACGGGCAUAAAGAACAUUGUGUACGAACACGAUACACGGACGCUACAAGUGCAGCUCGAGUCGCACACCGUGAUUGAGAUCCCGGACUUUUUAGGCCCCGACGGCACCAAGGGGCCGGACGCAUUGGAGCUCGGGUCGCCCAUCGAGGGUCCCAUGGGUGACCGUGGCCGGGACGGCGACGCCGGCCCUGAUGGUGGGCUUACGAUGCGAUUCACGACGCCGUACACGGGCGAUGGGGAUUUUGUGACAUAUAACGGCAAAGCGUGGGCGAACGGCAUGUUUAUGCCCCGGUCAAAAGCGGGCGCUCGCGGCGACGUCGACGUCGACGCCGACGCUGAUGCGGUAAACGUGUACCUUGGCGAGUACGCCGGGAGCGAUGGUACGUCUAACGGGUCGGUCGGACUCGGUGAGCGGGCGGGGGCCAUGGCCCAGGGUGCGCAUGCAGUUGCCCUUGGUGUGGGUGCCGGGACGCUCACACAGGGCAAGAUGACCGUGGCCAUCGGCACGGACGCUGGUGGCGACACACAGGGUACCUGUGCGGUUGCGAUAGGAACGGGUGCGGGGCAGCAGUCUCAGGGCGACUACGCGGUCGCCAUGGGGUUUGCGGCUGGGCAUACUGAGCAGGGUGCGCACGCCGUGGCCGUGGGUAACCUGGCGGGACACGUUGGGCAGGGUAAGAGCGCGAUCGCCGUGGGUUCGGGGGCGGGGUACCAAGACCAGGGUGCACAGAGCAUUGCGAUCGGGUACAGCAACGGGUCUGCGGUUCUGGACGACGACGAGAUGGCGAUGUGGAACUUGCCCCCGAACACAGUGCUUCUGGGGUCCUCGACCAGUGUGCCGGUGCACGCCAACACGAUGUACCCACCGAGCAAAAUGCGCGACGACCGAACCGUCGACGGUGCGCGCAUGUUCUACAACCCCACGACGCACGAGCUGACACAUACCGACUGCACGGACCUGAACGAGAGGCGCCAGGUGGACACCGAACUAACAGACCGCCUGCUGCACCUAUCGGUGCGUGCGCGCGACGACACCGAGGGUACGCGGUUGGGACUGGAUUUGGACGAGAUGGCGGCAAACUGCCCCGAGUUUAUGGUUGACGGCGGCGUGGACUGGGACCUUGUGCGCGACGCGCUCGAGACGCGCAUUGAGAUGCAGUACUUGCGAUGCCAGAAAGUCUGA